GCCCUCCCUCACGGAGAGCCCGUGCGCGGAGCAGCGCGCGUGCCCGGGAGCUGCGCAGGCGCCCUGGCGGGACGCGGGGCGCGGUAAUGGCGGCGGGCUGAGGGGUGAGUUGUGAGCUGCGGGCUGUAGCGAUGAGUGCCGUGCCCGGGCUGCAGGAGGACUGCGAGGCGCUGCUCGGUGCCUUCCAGGAAGCCGACACCGUCCGCUUCGAGCGCUUUGCUGAGCUGUGGCGGGAGCGCCGCUUCCACACCGUCUUCCAUGGUCGAAUGAGAGCUCUGGAGAGGAAUAAGAUCACCAAGAAGACGUUAGAGCUGGCACAGCAGUACUUCUUGCCGCCGUAUGCCUUCCAGAUCCGAGUCGGUGCUCUGUACCUUCUGUACGGGCUCUACAACACGCAGCUCUGCCAGCCGAAAAUAAAGAUCAGGAUUGCACUCAAGGAUUGGCCUGAAGUCCAGAGCUUUCAACGGGAUCUGAUAGAUUCCCAGCAUUAUGAUGCAGCAUACAUCUUUAGGACACUGCGUCGUGCCAGAGCAUUCCAUUUCACAGCAAUGCCAAAGCUACUAAACUACAGAACUAAGAAGAAGAUCCAGGAAAAUGAAUGUAAAGAAGAAUUUAAAGAUCCAAGUAACAGAGUAAGCAGCCUCAUCACGAAUGAUGUACUGGAGGAACUGAUGAAUAUUCAUGAGCACUAUCAGAAAAUGAAAUGUGCCAUAUCAGCUGACAAAUCCCAGCCAGACAAGGCCCUGAGCUUGAUAAAAGAUGAAUUUGUAGUUUCUCUUAAGGACAUGGCUUUGGAACAUCAGGAAUGGCAGCAAAAAAGAUUGAAAUUGUUACUAAAAGCUAAAGAAGCUGAUGAAAUGCCAAACAGAGUGGAAGAAGGAACUUCGCUAAGAUCAGAAGGUUCUGAAAGAGCAGAUGCUUUGGCUAGAAUCAAACACAAGUCUUAUUCUGCAGUUGUUGAGGCCUCCAAAUCCAGAAGACAUCGUCAAGUAAUACUAGAAUCUUCUGAAUCAGGAUUGGAUUAUGGGAAAUCUCCAAAACGAAGUAAAAAAAGCAGUAGGAGACCACAGCCAGCAGAGAAAAGAGGUCAGAUGCAAGCAGAAAAGGAAACUGUUACUCGCCAUAUCGGGAUGCCUGUAAUCACAGAAGAAGAUAGCUCAGAUACAGAAGAAGUACCUAUCUCCAGGAGGAGAAGACGACGUUAGGAUCCAGUUGGAGAACACUGAUGUGAAUUGUAAUGACAAAGUGUAAAUGUCAGAUGUAACACAGAGUGCUUGUCUGGAUUCCUUUGGAUGUUCAACAGGAACUGGCUGGGACCAGAGCUACAGGUGACACUGGAAUACUGGUGCUGACUGCUGUACUUUAGCAGUCUCAUGGUAUGGCACCUGGUGCCUUUAUUCACCUGGCUGAUGAUUCCUGUGAGGAAGAAGUUGCUAUGCACUGUGUGAGAUGAGAAGAGAGAGAAGAUGGUUCCUUCUUGUAUUUAGUUUGUUCCAAGUAAUGAGUUGGAACUCAUGUUGACUUGCAAUGACUUUUUAGCAGACAUCUUGAAAGAACAGCUCACAAAAUACUUGCCUGUAUUUGUGCAAUAAAUUAUUUCUCACUGUU